AUGGUCGCCGCCGCUCCAGGCACGUACAGCGACGACAACGGCGGCAGGUCCAUGGAGUUCUGGCCGGAGUUCCUGGCGACCAGCGGCGGGCGCGAGUUCGUGGCCGGCGGGGUGGGCGGCAUGGCGGGCGUGCUGGCGGGCCACCCGCUCGACACGCUCCGCAUCCGCCUGCAGCAGCCGCCGCCUCCGCCCGCCGGCGGCCUCGCCCACGCUCCGCGCCGCCGCGACACGACAGCGCAACCCUCCGCCGCGCGCCUCCUCCGCGGCAUCCUCCGCGCCGAGGGCCCCUCCGCGCUCUACCGCGGCAUGGCCGCGCCCCUCGCCUCCGUCGCCUUCCAGAACGCGAUGGUGUUCCAGGUGUACGCGAUCCUGUCGCGGUCGCUGGACCCGGAGAGCUCGGCCACCUCCGAGCCGCCCUCCUACGCGAGCGUGGCGCUGGCCGGCGUCGGCACGGGGGCGCUGCAGACGCUGAUCCUGUCCCCGGUCGAGCUGGUCAAGAUCCGGUUGCAGCUGGAGGCGGCGGGGCACAAGCACGGCCGCCACCGCCGCGGCCCCGUGGAGAUGGCCCGGGACAUCCUCCGGCGGGAGGGUCUCCGCGGCGUGUACCGCGGGCUCGCGGUGACCGCGCUCCGCGACGCGCCGGCGCACGGCGUCUACUUCUGGACGUACGAGCGCGCCCGGGAGCGGCUGCACCCGGGGUGCCGCCGGCAGGGCGCUGACGGUGACGGGGACGAGGGCCUGGGCACCAUGCUCGUGUCGGGCGGCCUGGCGGGCGUCGCUAGCUGGGUGUGCUGCUACCCGCUGGACGUGGUCAAGUCCCGGCUGCAGGCGCAGGGCGCGGGGUCGGUGCCCAGGUACCGCGGCGUCGUCGACUGCUUCCGGAGGAGCGUCCGGGAGGAAGGCCUCCCCGUGCUGUGGCGCGGCCUCGGCACCGCCGUCGCCCGCGCGUUCGUCGUCAACGGCGCCAUCUUCUCCGCCUACGAGCUGGCUCUGCGGUUCCUGGCCAGCGGCAGCGGCCCCAGGCUGGUCAUGGAGGAGAACUGA